AUGUUGAUGAGCCUUGCCCGCGCCGCCUUCAAACAUGGACAAGUUGUGGUCUUCACGCAGUCGCGUGAAGUUGCUGAGGAAGUUGGUUUGCUCAAUGGGGCACGAACACGUGUAUCGCCACAGCAGAAGUGCAAUGUCAGCAAGUACAGAUGGAAUGAGAUACAGGCAUACAGACUCCUUCUGAAUUUGAACGCAACUGCAAAGCUGGAGGACUGGAGAAAGUCCCGCAAAACACGGUGGUGGCGCAAGAUGUUACAUGCAUUCACGAGAACCACCAAGGAGUCGGAGGACACAGUCCAGAGAGCCUUAAAUGAAUCCCUCAAAGAGUUCAAGCAGGAUGAGGCUUGGGUGCAGGAGAAUUUGGAAGGGAUGCCUGACGGUGGAUGGAAGCCAGUGGAUAUCGAGCAAUUUCUGCUAUCAGGCAUCAAACCAGUCUUAAUCCCAACUGUUGCAGGUGCCACCUCUCCAACUCAGACCAAAGCUGUUUGGGUGAG